ACCAGAGGAGGGGAGGAGGGAUGGGGGGGGGGGUUGUCUUUUCCUCUUGAUUUGCAUAGUAUUUUCUGCCCUACUACUACACUCAUGCGCUCUAACUGUCAUUGUAAAGCCCCCAGAGGCUACAGUCACAGCAUUUGUCACAGUUGUGGGAUUCAUCAGCAUUGACCCUGUUUGGUUGUAGUUGUGCCCGCUCUGCUCGUAUACUGUGUGAGAUUGGUGUGUGUCGGGCAGUGAUGCAGAACUCUGGAGUCAUUGUGAAGACAAACAGCCUGAACCCACUGCCUGUUCUUACUGUCUGCUUUAGUCUGCCACACGGUUGGUCCGCCUCUUAAAGGCACAUGCACCACUGUUGUCCAAAGAAGGGCAGUAAAAUGGCUCUUUUGGGUUUUAGAAAAAGCUGUACACUGUAUUGAUCGGCUCUGUGGUUAGAGCAGCUAUGUUUGUAAGGGGGUUGAGGGGAGGUCCUACUUAUAUGCAGCAAAUCACACAUACAUGCACGCACAUAUUGUCUUCCUCAGUACCUCCCCCUCUGUUUCAAGCCAGAGCUCAGAUUGAUAAUGAUGUUUUUGUUUUCUAUAUAUAGACGUUUGCUGUACGGGGUAUUCACUGUGUCUGUAUGAGUGGUCUAGCAGGUGAAACGGGAUUUAUAGCAGUAUUGACAACAGGUUCAUCACGCCAGGGUCAUUGCAUUAGCUUUUUGCAUGAAUCUUUAGCAUCUUUUGCCACUGAAUUAUUUUCUUGCCCAUCUAUUGCCCCCUGCAUCAUCCUGCUGCAGAGAGGUGCUAUUGCUAUGAAACCGUGUGGAUCAAUGCGAUGAGUAAAUAGUGGGUCUGAGAGCGUGAGAGAAGAAGACUCGGCGCACAGACGGAAGGAGUCAAGGUGGGGGGACCGGAGGAGCUGACGACUGCUGCAUUCCUGCCAACAUUGUGGAAGAGGUGGAUCGGUCAGAGAUGAUUCCUCAUGAAGUCUAUGGAGCUCAUUUUGUGAGCUGGAGUGACUCCAUCUUCUCUGGCCUGAGACCUGGAGCCAUCUACCAGUGAACACAAAGAGAGCCAGAGCCACACAGCACACAGAGAGGCAGUCGGCUUCACACAACCACUGAGUGGAGGAGGGAGACGAAGAAACACCCAGAACAACUUCAAAUUAACAACUGGGAGUUUUAAAAGCACACUGGCACAAUGAAAUCCAACCAGGAGCGAAGUAAUGGAUGUCUGCCUCCUAAGAAGCGUGAGAUGCUGUCUCUGGAGCACAGGCCAGUGGUAGUAGCCACAGCGACACCUCCAGCUGCAGUGGUUCCCGAUCCACACACAGAGAACCUAGCAUGGCUGGCAAGUGUAGCCAGUGAACGCUGCAAAUCCAGAGACGCAGAGAGCCCGAGAUGUCCCAUCUCCUCCACUUCCUCCUCUUCUCUCUCCACCUCUAUCCACUCCUCGGCCACUCCUCUGUCGGCGGUGCCCCUGGCCUCUCUGCCUGCAGUUUACCCCACGGCCCUUCCCCAGCAGGCCGGCACUAUCCAGUUUGCUCAGCUGGGACCCAACGUUCAGUUCAUCAGCUCUGGGCCCUAUGCUGGCUACAUCUCCUCUCACAUCAUCUCCGCCAAUGCUGGCUCUGCACAUAACAGCUCGACCAUAGCACAGCGUCCCCAGCUGGAUGGUUACACCACUGCCCUCAUCUCCCCCAACACCAAAGGGGAGCAGCAGUUUCACAUAGGCCUCUCUCCCACAGAACUGACUCCUGUGUCGCUUCCUAGCUCCCCCCAAGUUACCAGCCAGUACAUUCACCUGGACAGCAGAAACGCCCUCACUUCACCCACGGCCCACCUCCAGCUCCACCCUCACACAGCUGUCCUCCCUCAAACGCUAACCCUGGCUCCCUCCCAGCUGUUGGUACAGUAUGCAGAUGGUUCAUUUGGGAAGAGACCAGAGGGGCAUGCUAAGGGUCUGCUGAAUGGGGAAUUAGAGUUGGUCAAACAGAUUAAAAAUCCCAGUCAUCAAAUGAACCAUCAGCAGGUCCAGAGCUAUGAGGCCAGACAUAUCCUCCUGCCUGCCGACUACGGCCAAAACCCUUCAGGACUUCAGACCUCCUUGGUGCUGUUGGCCCAGCCCAACCAUGGAGCCGAACGUGAAACUGGCUCAAAUAAGAUCUCCUUCGUCCAGACUGAGAAAGGAGGCAUCUGUUUGGGGAAACCAGUGUCGAGAUCAUCCUCCUUCACCUCCCUCUCUUCCUCAGAUAUGGUUAAGUCUGUUGCUCCUCAUACAGUCAUCCAUACCACUCUACCCCACGAGGAGCUGCCAGCCAGUCUCUAUUCCUCCACACAGUCACCCAUAAUUGGCUAUAUCACCAGUGCAAAUCAGCAUGCUGUCAGCUACCAUGCGGCACUGCCUCAGCACCUGGUCAUCCCCAGUGGCCAGUCCCUCCUCAUUCCAGUCAGUGGCACCAAUAACGGCACAGAAAUCGAGGUUAGUCGUACUGUCUGUAAUGCCCUGACUGCUACGACUACUCAAAUAUCCACCGCCAUGCCCCACGCCUAUCUGGCGACAGCCCUGUCCAAGUGUGAGGCGCUUGGGCCAGAUGGACAUCAACCACCCCGUGCUGUCUCUCAGGCACCGGCGAUGCCAGUCCUGCCCCCGAACCCAGCUCCUGCAGUGGUGGCAGCUCCCUCCCCAACUCCUGCUCCCAGUCCCGCCCCUGUUUCCAUCCAAGCCUCCCACUCCAUCUCCUCUCCCUCUUCCCCUGUGGAGCUUCCGCCGUUCUUCAUGCGAGGAUCCAUCAUCCAGCUGGCCGAUGGGGAGCUGAAGCGCGUGGAGGACCUGAAGACGGAGGACUUCAUUCAGAGUGCUGAGAUUAGUAGUGAGCUGAAAAUUGAUUCCAGCACGGUUGAGCGUAUUGACAAUGGACAGAGUCCUAAUGCUGUGGUCAUACAGUUUUCUGUGGGAGAGCUCAAAGCCCAGGUGUGUGUGGAGGUGCUGGUGGAGUAUCCCUUCUUUGUAUUUGGCCAGGGCUGGUCAUCCUGCUGCCCAGACAGGACCACCCAGCUGUUUGAGCUGUCCUGUGCUAAGCUGUGUGUGGGUGAUGUAUGCGUGUCGCUGACCCUCCGCGGCUUGAGGACCACUUCAGUAACAGACAGCCAGGCUUUGGGCACCAAGCUGAAGACGGCUCACUUCUCUGAUUCUUGUCACAAUGUGGAUGCCCCCGUAAAAAAUAGUGCCACUCCAAAUGCUGCAGGCAGAAAUAGUGGCCUCCUCAUGAAGGCUUCCAGCACAGACCGGCUGGAGAGGGAGCAGGUUACUGGACCAAUACAAGGACUCGAGCUACCGCCAGGAUUGGGACUAGUUCCAGGACCAGGGGAGGAGAUCUAUGGAGCCGGACCAAUGCUGGCAGUCUCUGGGACUGUAGAAGUGAGACGGGAAUCAGUGAAAACUGACAUGCCUGCUCUUACCAAAAUACAAUGCAGUGAUCCAGAGAGACCCACGGUCCGCAAGAGACGCUGGUCAGCUCCAGAGCGUGACCAGACUGAACGAGCUGAGGAGGAGCCUCCUCUGACUCUGCCCAAACCGUCCUUCAUCCCUCAGGAGGUUAAAAUCAGCAUAGAGGGCCACUCCAGUAUUGGGCGUGAAAGAUGCUUGAAUAAGAGAAUAGACUGUUGAGAGAACUUCAAGGAAUUUUGAUGACCCAUGGUUUGCGUUGUGUUUAUUCCCUCUCUACUACUGUAAUAUAGGCUGAGUUUACACAGUAUUUACAUGUUUUCUUUUCCUUCACACAAGUCUGAUAUCUACAAUGAAGGUCAGUAUAGCACCUUCAUGAGUGGUAUCAAACCCGAGAUCAGUGCAAUCAUUGCUUAAAGCAAAAAUGAAUGCAGCGUGAAUGUUGAGCAUGAAUGGAAGUCCGACACCUGAGAGACUUUUGACUUGCGUGUCACACAUCAUAAGCUGAUUCUCCUUUGUCACGUGGCAGACCAGUCGACCAUUCCUCUUAUCACAUGAACAAGCACAGACGCCGAUGUCAGCGUGUACAAAGCGGGUGACCAUAUUUUUAUUAUCAACCUGUUUGUUUCUCUGUUUAUUUGGUUUGUAGUGAUGUUUGUAAGUGGUUGAAGUCAAAGAGAGACCGUGUUUCAGUGACAAUGCUCGAUCAUCAUGGCUGUGGUCUUUGCUGCCUUGUGUUUCUGAUGAGGUUUUAUUUAAUUACAGUUUUUUUCAUUUUCAUACCAUUGCAGAUGUGUGCGCUGCCGCAGGUGGCUUUGAGCCACUUUUCUCCAAGUGUAUGUGCCUGUGUGUGUGUGCGUGUGUGCGUGUUUAUGUUGGUCUGUUUGUGUUUUUCUGUGUGGCCGUCAGAUGAAGCACAGAAUUAAGGCGUGUUUAAGUGGCCGUAGCUGUGAGCUCAGUCGUCAAUACGACCUGCAAAUAUCAAGACUGAAAAGGCCUGAAUGUAAGUCAUUGAAUUAGUCCUCAAUCAAUAUGUCAUUUGAUACCGUUGCUUUACAAUGUGUGGGUGACAGCAGUUGCACAUGGGUGCAUUUCUCUGAUGAAGUUCAUCAGUCAAAUCUAUCUUCAUAGUUUAGAAGUCUCAUACUUUCAAAGACAGCAUGUGUUCCUUGUUAAUGUCCAUUUUUAACCCUGCUAUGUGCAGCAAUUUCAAAUCUGUACAAAUACAAAUAAACAGUAUUUCUAUGUAAUACUACAAAUGAGAUUGUAGCCAAUUUAAGUAUGGACUUGUACUGCAAUAUAAACUCUCGUUGGCCAACUUGCCUGACUGCAUUCAUUUA